AUGUCGUCGGGUCAGAGGCUAUCGAAGCAGCAUAAGGGAAAGGCAGUCGCAGCGACGUCGAAUCCGACAAGGAAUUCCGACGGGGGUCGUGUCGGAGAUCCGGAGGCGAUUCAUCGCGCGGCGAUGAUGGACACGGCGAAUCUAUCUCGUUCUCAGCGACUUCUGGUUGCGGAUGCUGCGAGACUCGCGAGAGAAGGAAGCCAGAACGUCGUUGCGAGGGAUGCAAUGGAAUGUUCGAGAGACGGGCAGAGCGGGGCGAUGCCUGUUGACUCGGUCACCCUGAGAGCUCGAUCUGCGGAGGGCGGUCCCUCGGAGGACGAUGAUUCUGAGGCAGAGUUCUUCCCGACUACCUUUUACCCUGACGGAAUUUUCGAAGAGCUUCCUCAACUCCAUCACGACUUAUUGCGUCCUGCCUUCUUGGCCGGUCAGGACUGGGAGGGCGUAAAGAAGACGAAGUCGACUCCUGGAAGUGUGAAGAGGGUUCUUCGGGCUGCGGGUGCCGUAGGCGUGACCUUCCUUGUGCCUACGGAAGCGCAGAGACCCUGGUCUCCUCCGAUGGGGUACCAGACGGUGCACGAAUCCUAUUUUCAGGAAAACACUCGUUGCUGGUUCCCCAUCCCACGACUGAUCACAUCAUACGCCAGACGUCGAGAUCUCGCGAUCAGUCAGCUGUUGAAUGGCUCGCUGCGACUAGCGGUCACUUUAUCGGUUUUGGAGGAGCAGAUCGAUAUGCCGAUGAGCGUUAGGUUGUUCGAGGAGAUGACCUCGAUAACCGAUAUGAAGGAUGGCACCUACUCGGUGAAGAUGCGACCGAACUGCAAUGUGUGUGCCGUCGGCCAUCCUACCUCCCCAGUUUAUCCCGAAGAUUUCUUGAGAAGUAUUCGUGGCGUCGCUUUGCUUCGAAUCUAUCGUUGGUCCGAGAUCUCCGUCGAGAAGAUCCGUGAGCUUAAAGAUCGAAUCACUCGAAGAGAGUGGAUAUCCGAUCUUCCGACCGUUCUUCCCAUUCGCACUAAGCGACUAGACAUCUUCCCGAGAGACAUCCAAAAACAAGUUACCGAGGCAAAGAGGAUGGGUACUCUUCCUGAUCUGAGCGCAAUAAUAGCGGCCCAGCUGGGGCUGACUAGCGGGGAAGGACCCUCGAUGGCGGUUCCUCGUGCUGACGAGGUUUUUCCUUCCGAUGCCAGAAGUGCGGGGAAGGGCAAGAAAAGGAAAAGAGGCGAUGGCUCGGGAGUCGAGAGGAAAAAAGAAGAGAAGGACAAAGAAGAAGUCCCCGGCGAGCAGUUGGAGAAUGCUGACGAGCCGAUCGAGCAAGAGGAGGAGGAUGUUCGAGAAGAAGAACUUCAGCACGAAGAGGGGGCUUCUGAGGCUGAAGCCUCGGAGGGACGGAAUGACGAGGAGGGAGUAAGUGAAGGAGAGGAAUGCGAGACUUCUCUUAAUGCCGCCCGCUCGGGUGAUUCCGAGGAAGAUAGCGAAGGGUCACCACUCCUGAUAAGGAGGGGAAAUGACGAAGACGAUGAUGAGAGGCGGUCUCCUGAUCUGACGUCUUCUCGCGAGAGAACUCCCGUUCCCGUCGGGGGAGGGGCCGUCCAGACCGGUACUUCUUCCCGCGGCGCCGCUAUCCUAAGGAGGGCACCCGGAUUCAGCUUUCCCGACAAGGUCGACUUCCACUACGAGGAACCGGCUCCCUUAGUGUACGUUCCAGAGAAAUGUGGAGAGUUUCUCUGUCAAUUAAGAGGGAGGGCGAAACCUCUUCCUGCUGUGAAAGACCUUAUAUUCGGGGGUGAAUACGAAGAAGCUGCGAGGGCCAAACUGCUGGAUGAUAGCACGAUGAAUGUCGUGAUUGAUAAAUACGACACGGCCCUUAAAGAAACCUUGGACGAGCUCGAGCUGGCCAAGAAAGAGUUUGCUGAGAAGGAAGAGGUUUCUGCUCGUCAACUGAACGAGUCAAGGGCCAAUCUGCAGAAGCUCAACGGGAUGAUGACCCGCACCAUUGCUCGACGCGAUGAGUUUAAAGCCGCGCUAGAAUCAUCUCGAAGAAUCAUCCGCGAGCUUGAACAGAAGAAUGCUGAUCUCGAGAGCGAGAGGGCUUCGCUCGCUGCCACGCACGAGCGAGAGAUGAAACGUCUGAGGGACUCCAGAAUCUUGGAGGUGACGAGAGAAAGGGGGAGAGUUGAGGCGGAAAUGACCGCCAAGGCUAAUCGUUGCUUUGCCAAGAUUCAUUCUCGAGAGGAGCAUCGGGGUCCUUACGACGAGGCUCGGUUACUCUACAGCCAAGCCUUUGGGACUAGGAAGUGCCUCGAGGCCUUGAAAGGAGCCGGGAACGACAUACCGCAAGCCUCUAUUGAUAUGUUCGUCGAGUACGACAGAAAGUACGAACAAGAGGCUGAGAAGCUGAAGGUUGGCGAGAUCCCCGAAAGCGAUUUUAGACUCUCUCCCCUCGCGUUGGAGUCUCAGUUCGUGGAUGCUCGGAUUCUGGUGGGUCUCGACCCGUAUGGUUCCAACGCUGGCUUAAUUGACCCAGAGACUGCGGUGAAUCUGCAUGUCUCGUCUACUCAUCCGGUCAGAGAAAGGCGCGAGGACCCGACGCUUCCUAUUGAAAACCCUUCGACUGUUCUUGAGGAAGGAGUGCCUGGUCGAGGAGCUCGAGUCGAUGGAGAUAACGUUCCUGUCCUCGUGCUUUCGGAUACUUCACUCGAGGGUCACGAUUCGCCGCCUCCAGAAGAGUCUUGUCGGGACGGCGAGGAAAACAUUGGCGAGGUGUCGGAGGAUGCUGCGAUGCAAGUCUCUCCGAUUGCCCGCGAAUCGAGCGUCAGGGCUUCGAAGCUUUCCGCCCUUAAUGAUCGCGAGAGUGAUCGGGAAGCUUAG